GCUGGCCACCAUGGGGAAGCGAGACAAUCGCGUGGCCUACAUGAAUCCAAUAGCGAUGGCUCGAUCAAGGGGUCCAAUCCAGUCUUCAGGGCCAACAAUCCAGGAUUAUCUGAAUCGACCAAGGCCUACGUGGGAGGAAGUAAAGGAACAGCUGGAAAAGAAAAAGAAGGGUUCCAAAGCUUUGGCUGAAUUUGAAGAAAAAAUGAAUGAGAAUUGGAAAAAAGAACUAGAAAAACACAGAGAGAAAUUACUAAGUGGAAAUGAGAGCUCAUCCAAAAAAAGACAGAGAAAGAAAAAAGAAAAGAAGAAAUCUGGUAGGUAUUCAUCUUCUUCCUCAUCGAGCUCUGAUUCUUCCAGCAGUUCUUCAGAUUCUGAAGAUGAGGAUAAAAAGCAAACAAAGAAGAGGAAGAAAAAGAAGAGUUGUUGCCAUAAGUCUCCCGAGAGCUCAGUGUCGGACUCUGACUCAGACAGCAAGGAUGGUUCAAAAAAGAAAAAGAAGUCAAAGGAUGUGACUGAGAAAGAGAAGGACACUAAAGGACUCAGCAAAAAAAGAAAGCUGUGUGAAGAUAGAGCGCUCUCCUCUACGUCGUUGUCCAGGUCGGAUUAUGAAGAGGUGCAAGCAAAAAGGAAGAAAAGCGGAGAAGAGCGCGAGAGAACAGACAAAGCCAAGAAGAGACGGAAGCACAAGAAGCACAUCAAGAAGAAGAAAAAGAAGGCUGCGGGUUCGAGUUCAGACUCAGUGUAGCCUCG